CCACCACCAUGCCUCGACCUGGAACCAGCCACAACCCCCAGCCGCCCUUGGGCAGGCGAGGCUCCGGGCUCCUGCCAUGCAUCGCCAUCUCCACCCUCGUCCUCAUCAUUCUCGUCGGCCUCGCCAUUCUUAUCUUCUGGCUCACCGUCCGACCAGCACCGCUCGAGUUCUCCGUCGACGACGCCAGCACCCACGGCUUCAACCUCACUGCCAAGGAGCUCAACGCAACCUUCAACCUCACUCUUCGAGCUGACAACCCGAACCACCGGAUCCGGGUGUACUACGACUCGGUCAACAUCACCGUGUGGUACUCCGACCAGAUGGUGGCCUUCUCCGAGGUGGCACCGUUCCACCAGAGCCACCGGAAUGUGAGGACCAUCGAUGUUGAUCCUGUUGCCAAGUCGGUGCCGCUGGUGGCGUCGGUGGUGGAUAAUCUUAAGCAUGACCGGUCGGCCGGGGCGGUGGAACUGGAGGUGAGGGUGAGAGCGAGGAUUAGGUUCAAGGUGGGGCUGGCGAAGACGAAGCACUACACGCUGAGGGCCUACUGCUCGCCGGUAGUGGUGCACUUCUCAUCGUCGGCUCGGUUUGAGAGGAAUUACUGUGAUGUUGAUAUCUGAGUGCCGGCGAUUACAUUGGCCAGUAGUGAGAGCAACGGU